UAAUAACACUGUGUUGCCAUAUUUACCCUCACAAAAAACCAAAAUGCCACGAAACCUUCUUCUGAUCUCAACAACAACAACUGUGUGCCGAAGCCGCCAUUGACGACAACGAAUCGGAGAACUUCAUCUCCAGUGCCGUGGCGGUGUUGCUUCCAAACCGAAACUCACAUCAUCAUCAUCAUCAUAUUCAUAAUUUCACAACAAGAAAAAAAAAAGAAAAAGAUGAUGACGUGUUCUUCGGAUACGAUCAACAUCGCUGCAAGAACUCAGAAACUCGAUGUUGAUAAUCGAUUUUCACUUCGUAUCUAUUACAGAAUCGCUGAUAAUAUCCUCAAACAGGCUGAUAUCUUUCGUGCAGAGAAAAAUAUUGUUGAUCUAUAUGUCAUGCUCAUGAGAUUUUGUAGUUUGGUCUCUGAGACAAUACCACGCCACCGAGAUUAUAGAACAUCUCCACAGAGCAAGAAAGAAUUAUUAAGAAAGAAAUUGUUAAAUUCUGUGAUUGAACUGGAGAAGUUGAAACCACUGGCACAACAGAAGAUCAAUGAGCUUAACAGCAGGAAACCAUACCAACACAACGGGCGGGAAAAUUUUCGUUCAAAUUAUUCAACUGAUAUUUCUCCUGUGAAAAAACAAACCAUGACUAGUUACAAUCAAAUAAAGGCAGUCGGUCAAACUGCAGGAGAGUUUGUCUACCAAGGAUCAAGGGCCCAACAGUUUCCUUAUGUAAGGCCUGUGGAAGAUAAUAUGAAAAGACUAUCUCUAACUUUCCUACCCCCAAAGGAAGAAACUCUCUCCAGACAUUCUAUUCUAGGUCCAAAUGGGCUUAAAGGGCAGUGGCAACCUCCUACUUGUGAUAAAGGGGUGAGGUAUCCAACUAUCAUAGAUCUGUCUCCGGUUGAAAUUCCAAGCCUUCACCAAUCCUUGCUUCAAAAAAACAGCCUUCAGCAAUCCUUGGAAGAUGGAUCUCUGAAUAAAAAAGAAAAUAGCAUUUCAGAACACAAUGGAUCCGAUUUAGAAUCUAUUCAUACCCAGAGCGAGGACUGUCAGGUCCAACAUGUCGAUGAAACUCCUUCGCUUAUCUCUUUUGAAGAAACAGAAGACUCUGCUCCUAUAAAAGUUAUCAGACAGCCUUCUCCUCCACCUGUACUUGCUGAAGUACAUGAUUUAAUGCCUACAGUAUCACCUCAUGUUGACGAGGCAGUAUGUAAGACAGAGACUCCAUCGUCAGAUAGUUUUGUCCGUGGCGAGUCUCCUCUUCAAUUACACAUUUCAACUGCAAUGAUGGGGAGUUUUAUGAAGCUUGCCAAGUCUAACACUAACAAAAAUUUAGAGACUUGUGGUAUCCUCGCAGGCUCGCUUAAAAACAGAAAAUUUUAUAUUACAGCUCUAAUAAUCCCAAAGCAAGAGGCAACAUCAAGUUCUUGUCAAGCUACAAAUGAAGAGGAAAUAUUUGAAGCCCAGGAUAAGCGAUCUCUUUUUCCCCUUGGGUGGAUCCAUACACACCCUACACAAUCUUGUUUCAUGUCAUCAAUUGAUGUACACACCCAUUACUCAUAUCAGAUUAUGCUGCCAGAAGCUGUUGCAAUAGUCAUGGCACCAACAGACAGUUCAAGAACCCAUGGUAUUUUUCGGCUGACAACUCCCGGUGGCAUGUCGGUCAUUAGACAAUGCCAGCAACGUGGCUUUCAUCCACACGAUCAGCCUCCAGGUGGUGGUCCCAUUUAUGAUACAUGUACAGAUGUUUUCUUGAACCCAGAUCUAAAAUUUGAUGUCAUUGAUCUUCGAUAAUAAAAGUGUUUUUUUUGUCUCUGGAUGGGUAAAAAUCUAGUCAUUGAAUUGUUCAUAUUACCAUACUUUCUAAGAUAUAUAAGUUUUACCAUUUAUCCAGCCAUAGACAUCAUAAUUUAGAUCAUGUCGGCUGUAAUUGUGGCUGUAAUUGUAAAAGAAGAAACGUUGCUCAUGGACUGUUUGUUUAUUCUUGGCUUCUACAGCUCUACUUAUUUUGUAACUAUUCACCAAUGGCAUUUUUGCCAUUGUUCUGAUCUGUAUUGCAUCCAGGAGAUUUGGUGAAAUCCUUCUUGUGAUCAUUGUUA